AUGGGGCUUAGAUCACAUACCGGUGAAAAGUCAUAUGAAUGUUCGUACUGUGAUAUAGCAUUUACUACGAAAGCGAAAUUGAUAAUCCAUCUACGAACACAUACCAGUGAAAAGCCUUAUAAGUGUUCACAUUGUGAUAAAGCAUUUACACGAAAAGAUGAUCUCGAUGGUCAUCUUCGAAAACACACCGGUGAAAAACCACAUGAAUGUUCGUAUUGUGUUAAAGCAUUUACUACGAAAACAAUAUUGAAAAUCCAUCUACGAACAAAUACUGGUGAAAAGCCAUAUGAAUGUUCGUAUUGUGCUAAAGCAUUUAUUACAAAAACGAAUUUGAAAGUCCAUCUACAAAGACAUACCGGCGAAAAACCCAGUGGCGGAUCCAGGGGGGAGGGGGGUUCGAAGGGUUCCACGGAACCCCCCUUGAAGCCAUAUGAAUGUUCGUAUUGUGGUAAAGCAUUUAUUACGAAAACGAAUUUGAAAGUCCAUCUACAAAGACAUACCGGCGAAAAACCCAGUGGCGGAUCCAGGGGGGAGGGGGGAAACAACCAAGUCAAAGAAGCCCACAAACUUUACGAAGAUUUGAUCAAGGAGAAGAUAUUCAAUGAUGACGUAUGUGCUGCAAGUGUUCUUACAAAGAUAAAAGAAAGUGUUAAACAGAAGGCGAAUGAAAUAAGAGAGAGAAGCCGUACCGCGGCUUUGUGGCUACAGUACAUGGAGAUGGUGGACAUUUUAAGGACAUUUAUCAAGGCCGAGAGAACAGCUAAUUGGGAACUCCACCUACAUGCAGUAUCACAGAUGUUACCCUAUCUCGCAGCAUCUGGACAUAACCAUUACUUAAAGAGCGCGUUGUUGUAUCUUCAGUCAAUGUCCAAGCUCGAGUCUGAAAAUUCUGAGGUAUACAAACGGUUUGUUGAAGGUUAUGGGCUGGUCUAUCCACAGAUCUGGUAA